UCGGGCGCCGUUGGAUGUUUUCUUCAAUGCUGAAGCGCGCCGAACUCGCGUUGUGUGGAAAAGCAGAAUAGCUAUAGCUCUCUGGCCGAUCGUUGUUGUUUCCGUCGUUGUGCCCUUCUCCAUUCGUUUGAUUUUCGCCUUUUCGUAAUAUUCGUUUUUCGGUUUCGGCUCUACAAGUCCCGAAAAAUACCCCCUGCUCUGAAGAAAAAGUCGCGUGUUAUCAAAAAUGUUUACAAGAAACCUACACAUGUUUCAUGAAUAAAACAAAAAAAAAAGAAAGAAAAUAUAUUAUUGUAAAAAAUUGAGUUGCAAAAAAAGUGCUGACGAUUUUUAAUAUCACAAGAAAGAACGAAUUUUAAUACGUUCCCAACUCGUCUUCGCAUUGUCGUUGCUUUCUGGACUAAAUAAAAGACAGAAAAAGGAACCAGACAAAAAAAAAAAAAGGCCAGGGAAUUAUGAAAUCUUAAAGAAAUCCCCAAAAAGUCCAACCAACCGCAAAAUAUGUUUAAUACAUUAAAAUAAAGGAAACGUGUUUCAGGCGAGCAAAAAGUUAUACAUAUAUACGAUAUAUACGUACGUUGAACAAGAUUUACAUUUAAAAUACCCGAAAUACAUAAACGCACACAGGCAAAAAGGGGCAAAACGUUCACAAAAAGGUGAUAAUGAUUAUUUCCAAGGAUCUUUUCAUAUUUGGCGAACAAAUUUUUGCAACAAUCAUACCAGAAGGUGGAGCCGCAGCGCUAGCAACGCAACAGCAACAACAGCCGGCAAUUAUAAAUACAACAGCAACAUCAGCAGCAGCAGCAGCGGCAGCAACAACGACGACGACUUCGUUGGUAAUAAACUCGACGGGAUCGUCAACAGCAGGAGCAGCUGAACAAGUUGUAGAGGAGUCAUUAAAAGUCGCAGCAACAACAGCAGCAACACAAGCAACACCAGCCAAACAGGAAACAGUUGCAGUUGCUGCUGCCGCUGCCGGUGUUGUUGCUCCUCGCAAGUUGGCUAAAAUUCCGAAAAUUCCAAAGGAAGCCGAGGAAUUGAAAGCCAAGAAAAAGGCAAAGUGCGAAGCGACUCAUUACGAAAAAAUGCCAAUGAAUUUGAUGAUUGUGGAAAGUGUUGAGCCGGUCGAUAUGGGAUCGGACAAUGAGAACGACAACGACAACGAGUCCACCACGGAGCAGGUACCGUUGGUGACUGCUAGCCGACGCAAUCUGGCCAAAAUAGUUGCCGAUUGUCGCCUCCAAAUCGAAUUGGAGCCCGCCCCAGCAGCCCCAGUGACUACUGCAGUACCGCCAAUCUCAGCAACAGCAGCCACAUCGGAUGCGGCAGUUGCCACAGAAAUUGAGGCAACCAGUGAUUCCCCGUCACCGUCGUCGUCGUCUUCGUCAUCUUCCAGCACCAGCUCCAGCUCCAGCUCCACAUCCUCAGAAUGUACGCACACUUCACAGACGACGAUACCAAGUACGGAUAAUCUAACGUCAUCCAAUGGCCUGGCCAAUAUGGGCAAAAGCAUUUUAGUUGAUGCCAAAAGCAGCUCGCCAGCCUCCUUGUCUUACCACUUUGAGCGGAAUUCAGUUGACAGGCAGAAGCAGCAUCACAACAGCAACAUUUGCAACUCCCAUCCAAAUUACCACCCACAGCAGCAGCACACAUUGCAACUGACAUUUCAGAACCUGAACGUUUUGCACAACGAGAGGCAAAUACUUUCCGAUGUGAGUGGAUUUGUCAGUCCCUGCGAGGUCUUGGCCAUUAUGGGACCCUCGGGCAGUGGCAAGACCACUCUGCUGGACUGCCUCAGUGGCCAGCGGCACAUUGACAGCGGCAGCGUUUUCCUCAACCGCGAACCUCUCACCAAGAAGUGGCGCCGAAGGAUCGGCUAUGUGCUGCAGGAAGAAAUCUUCUUUCCUCAAUUGACACUACGCGAAACCGUGGUCUACACGGCGCUCCUGCGGCUGCCGGAGUCUAUGCUGCGAUCGGAGAAGAUGCGCAAGGUGGAUCACAUCCUGGAGGCUCUCGAGCUGGGUUGCUGUCAGCAGACCAAGUUCGGGGACUACCUCAACCGGGGUCUGUCUGGCGGAGAGAAGAAGCGGGCUAACAUAGCCUGCGAGCUGCUCACCAAUCCUUUGCUCAUGCUCUUGGAUGAACCCACUUCUGGUCUGGACAGCCACUCGGCCAUUUCGCUGAUGAAGGUGCUCAAGCGGUACGCCCAGUUGGAGCAGAAAACGAUCGUGAUCAGUGUCCACCAGCCCUCGUCACAGAUGUUCCACAUGUUUGAUAAGCUGCUGCUGCUCCACCAAGGAAGAACCGCCUACUUUGGGGAUGUGCACAAUAUAUACAGACACUUUGAGGACAUCGGGGUGACCAUCAAGCCGCACUAUAAUCCGGCCGACUUUGUGUUGGAGCAACUAAAGUCACAUCCUGACAUCCGUGAGAAGCUCUUUGUUGCCGCCAGGGAAUCGCAUGGAAACUACCUAAACCGCAACUGCAUUACUAGCAGCCGCCAUCACGAUGACAACGAUGCAAAGCGAAAGGAAAUAAAGCAGCCGGAGAGCAUCCUUAUCAACGACAUAAUUAAUAAUUAUUACAACCAACACCACCACUCCAGCCGCCAUCACAAUCACCAUCACAACCACCAUCAUCAGUACGAGAACCUGCAUAACCCAACCAGUGGCUGCCAGGUGGAGGAGGACGAGGAGGCGGCCCAGCACCUGGUGUGGUGUGCCGCCGACUCGCAGUCUAAUUUCAGCUCCUGCGCUUCCAGUGACUGCCACUCUUACAGUGCGGGCAGUGGGGCGGAACAUGGCGGGGACAAUGACGAGUGGCUCUCGUACCCCACCAGCUUUCACACCCAGUUUUGCGUACUUUCCAGCCGCAACUUUAAAGAGGCCAAGCCUCGAAUGCUCUCCAAGCUUAAUUGGUUUCAGACCAUCGGGCUGGCCCUAAUGGCUGGGGCCAUUUGGUUUCAGCUGCCGCGCACCGAGGAGUUCCUGCACGACCUCCAAGGCUGGAUGUUCUUCUCGCAGACCUACUGGAUGCUCUUUGCCCUCUUCGGAGCGCUUAAUUCAUUCCCCUCGGAGCGUGAGGUUGUGAGCAAGGAACGCCGCUCCGGGGCCUACCGUCUGUCUGCCUAUUACCUGGCCAAGAUGUGUGCCGAACUGCCGCUGGUGAUCACCCUGCCCACGGUCUACCUCAUGAUAAGCUACCCCAUGCUGGGCUGCACUAGCUUAAAGCUCUUCUUUCUGAUGCUCAUCUUCCUGCUGAUCAAUACGAUUGUGGCGCAGAGCGUGGGCUUCUUUAUCGGAGCCUGCUGCAUGGACAUGAACGUGAGCAUCACCCUGAGUGCCCUGUACACGCUGGCUACCCAGCUCUUUGGCGGCUACCUGUCGUCUCGCAUUCCUGAGGGCCUCAGCUGGAUCCAGUACACCUCCAUGAUCCACUAUGCCUACCAGAACAUGCAGAUACUGGAGUUUCGGGAGGGUCCGGCUAUAAGGUGUGGAUCGCCCAGCAGCUAUGAGAUUUGCAAACAGCAGUCAACCGAAUUCAUUCCAUAUGAGGAAAUACUCAAUGCUCAAAACUCGACAUCACCGCUCUGGCUGAACACGCUGAUACUGAUGAUGUUCUUCCUGGUAUUUCGCUGCCUAGGAUACGCGGUAUUGCGAUACCUGCGGUGCCCGAAAAAGACGUGAUAUCUCUAUAGCUAAUACGCUAUAUCUAUCUGAGCAGACAUCGAACCAGUGAUACGUAAUUAGUUAAUGCUAACCAAUGCUAAACCGUUACAACUGAACAAACUUGCUAAAUGGCGCCCAUUUUGUGAUUCAAUUUACUUUCAAGCCACACCAUUUAGGUUUACCUACUAUUAUUAUUAUUACAAUUAUCCCUACGCCAACUAUUAUUAUUAUUAUUAUUGUAUUUAGCCGUGUUAUUCGAGGUUCGCGGUAGGGCAGUGCGAUAGAACUGUUUUUGUGUUGCAUUUUGCAAACGUAAAUUCUUGUUUUGUUUUAUGUCUUUUAAUUGUUAGCCGUUUAUGUUAUCAAUCGCUAUGUCGCCGCUAAAACAAGAGAUUGUGAGUAAAGCAAGCAUUAUGUUUUAAUGUACCUUUUAAAGUCCCCCAAAAGAAUAAUGCGAGUACUAUAUAUAAAAGCUGUCAGCCCAAUACCCACAUCACCCGCACACGUCUACAUGUAUACAUAAUUAUAAAUUGUAUGUUUAAAAUGAAACAAUGCUAGUAAUUUUGUAGAAUAUUGCAAAUUUUUUUCGCUUGAGAAAAAACACUGUGAUUUAGUAUGCUAGUUUUUUAAUUAGUUUUAAUGGGACGGCAUUAGUGAAGGAUGCCUAUCCGGAAAAUUGUAAAGAAACACCAGUAAUUGAAUAUGAAAAAAAAACCCAGCAGAAUGUAUAAACUUAUGGCAUAAAUUGUAUUUUGUUUAAAUAUUAUCUAAUUAUAUGUAAUUAAAUUUAUUUAAAUAUACAUACAUACAUGAAAAUGUAAGCUGAAAUACUA